AAUACCGAUUUAGAUUUAUCGACGGAAGAGUAAACUAUUACGAGCUCGGAGGUAUACAGAGAAGAAACAUUUUGUGGAAGAAAUGGUGCGAACACGUGGAGAAUUUGCUCGCGAGCAAGAUGAACGGGAGCUCGUUGUCGGAGACAACUGCCGCAAGUUCAUCGAGCAGUACAACCUUGUACAUCCUUUCCUCGGAGAUCGAGAUUCGGAAGAACUCGAAGAAAAAUGGGAAAAGAGCAGUGUGCAGAAUAUGGACUCAUUACGGAGGCGCAGGUGAUUACGCGCCUCCGACGUGGUGUCAGAAGGAUUUGUAUCUCGGGCCGUCUUACAACGAGUUGAUGGACGGUCGAUACGCCCCGAUUCCCAUAAGAUUCGCCGGUGCCAGCCUGGAAGAUAUCAAGACCGAGCUGGAGGAUUUCUCACCGAUCAAGAUCGAGAAAAUGACGCGUAGCUGGCCCACGUGUCGGUGUUUCAAGGAGAAACACAAGAACGACGUUCUUUGCGACGUACUGUUCAUCAGAGAUCACAAUCGAAAAUAUUACAACACGAGCAAAUUCUACACGACUUGUCAGGGUUGCCCCCGUAACCACCUGCAAGCGAAGAUAUUGGAGGAUAGAGCGAUCGAGAAAAGGAGCGUGUGGUACAGGCAGGAAACGUUGGACGAGGCGCUCGCGAAAGAGGAGAGGGACGAGGCGAGGAGUCCUAAAAAGGGUCUGACGAGAAGGAUAUCCCGAUUCGGUUUCGGAGUGCCGGAAAAAUGCCACUCGGGAUUGGUUCUCGGCCCGAUUAACGCGGACCGCGAGUUCACCACGGAUAUGAGCGUGAAACAGGCGCACAAUUUCUACGCUCUGAUGGAAAACGGUGUAAAGGUUUGGGAGGGCAAGAAGAAGGGUCGAUGCAAGUCGUUGUAUUGCAAACACUUCAGGAGAUACGGUAUCUGCACCGCGCCUCAUUUUCAUUACGCGCUUGGCCCCUGGUCGGUCCAACCGGGAGAGCGGUGCACCCUCCAAGGUCGAAGAUCGUUCAGCUUGCGCCAAUUGGCGGCCAGUAUCUCGUACACCGCGCUUCAAUCGGGUAGGUUUGGGUCGAUCGGAGCCACCACGAAGGGCCGUAUCGUGUUGUUUUGGACACCGGAAUAUUGGUACAGACCCAAGCCCGCCUCCGCCGCUUACAGGGAGGUGAGGCAACACUUGACCCAUUUGAGAAAUUUUCGCCAAGAGAAGGAACGGCCGUCCAAACGGAAGUUGUUCGGCAGGCGAAAGAAGUACCAAUACGAAGAUUCCAUCAUUGUCCCCGAGGAGAAGUACAGUUUCCUGGAAAGGAUCUUCUCCGGGAACGGGUCUUGCAAGAAGAAGAAGAAGUUGGAAAAUCAAGAGAACAGUACCAAUGAUCAGUUGAGACGAUUAUUGAGAAUGGAUUUCAGAAUAACAAUUUGGGAUAUAAACAGUGACAUCCUGGCGAUGCAGUUGACCCUGAUCGAUCGCGAUCUCUUCGUCCGUAUCCCGACGGAGGAAAUCGAGAUAUUGGUAUUUCAAAGGAGUUCGAGGAACGCGCCCAACUUGGCGGCGUGGAUAGCGUUCAGUCAUCGCAUAUCUUGCCUGAUGGCGAGCGAAAUUCUGGCCGUGAAAAAAUUACCCAUGAGAAGCAGGAUCGUCGCGAGGCUAGUGAACGCGGCCAAGAAGUGUUACGUCAUGGGAAAUUUUCAUUCGUGUAGAUCGAUCUUGGCCGGAUUGCAGGCGCCGCCGAUUUUCAGACUUCGAAAAACGUGGAAUUACUUGCGUACUCAUCAUGCCAAUAGAUACGAGACCAUGGAAAGACUUUGCAAGGUUUACAAACAUCCGUGCACCCAGAUGUAUCGACAAGCUUGGGCCAAAGUUGAAACUUGCAAUUCGUCCUUUAUGCCGUACGUGGGCCACCUUUUGCUCAGACUUUUGGAUCUGAAUAAUUCGAACAAUUGUCACGACGCCGUUGUCCACAUGCACGAUGGAAUAAAAAAUGCAAACGAUCUUUGUAAAAAAAUGUCUAUAGGUAUAAUUAAGGACACGACAUCGAGUCGUGAUCAGAGUAAUAAUUUGGAACAGAAACAGGAGUGUAGAAAGAAUAUCUUCGCUUCUAUUCUAACGAGAAUGAAGAAUAAAAAGGACGAAAAGACGAUUUACGAGGAGAAGUCGGAUGGAACGUGGACGAUCAAGGAACAGGAUUUAGCGUGGAAAUAUUUCUUUCGUUGGUACAACGCCGUUUUGAAGAGGAAAUUUCGUCACAAGGAAGAGGAGAGAUUAAGGGAUAUGGAUCCGAGGAUGAAACGAGUUAUAGACGUCGUGACUUGGAUGGUGGAUUGUCAGAGACGGGCUCAAGGAUACAAUUUUCCAGGCCACUCGUUCACGAAGGAAUUUUUGUUGAAGACUCGAUACAGGGAGGAUCGGGAAAAUUUUUUCAUCAGCUUGAAAUUGGAACCCUCGAUGAUAACUUGAACAAAAGAAUUUAAGGAAACUUGGCAGUUUAUUGUCAACAAUAAGAGAAAGGAAGACGAAUAAGAGAGCGGAAUUUUUAACUUAUUAUUAUCACUCGAGUGAUAGAAUUAGAAACGUGUUAAAAAAAAUGUAUAAAAAUCAUUUGAUAAAUAGUAGUGAUUAUUAAGUCUUCCUUACGAGUGGCUGAAGUUUUCAAUGCAAUUUAUGUAGUCCUUAAACGGCAUGAUUAAUCAUCGUCAUCGUCGAUCAGGAAUAAGUUGUACGCUACAAUAUAACGGUGGAUUAAAUAAAAAAAAAAAAAAAUAA